UGCCCUUAGGUCGUUCGUGUAGUUUGUCAUCCGUGAUGGGAGUUUUGAUCAUGGCGUGGCCGUGGCGGGGGGCUGCAGCUCUCUGCCCAAGCCCAGCAUCUGUAAAACACUUUUAAACACCGACGGGAAGGUUUUAGAGUUUUUAAAAAGUACUUUGAUAGACGUUGUAAUGUCAGAGCUCAGAGUAAAUCUCCGCUGAGAGCCUGCUUCGCCAACUGUGAAACUAUAGGAUUGUCGCUGGAAGUCCUUUGCCAUGUCGUUACUCUGUGUUAGAGUGAAAAAAGCCAAACUCCAAGGAGCUCCAGACAAGUUUAACACCUACGUGACGCUGAAGGUUCAGAAUGUCAAAAGCACAACUAUCACCGUGCGGGGGGAUCAGCCCUGCUGGGAACAGGAUUUCAUGUUUGAGAUCAACCGGUUGGACCUCGGCCUCAUUGUUGAAGUGUGGAACAAGGGCCUCAUCUGGGACACGAUGGUUGGAACAGCCUGGAUCCCACUCAAGAGUGUCAGACAAUCAGAGGAGGAGGGCUCAGGUGAUUGGAUCUUCCUGGAUGCUGAGGUGCUGAUGAAGGCCGAUGAAAUAUAUGGCACCAAGAACCCAACACCCCAUCGUGUGCUGCUGGAUACACGUUUUGAGCUGCCUUUUGAUAUCCCAGAUGAUGAGGCGCAGUAUUGGACAGGAAAGCUGGAACGUAUAAAUACAAUGACAAUCCAUGAUGAGUAUUCUCUUCAAGAGGACAUUCAGAGUCGGCCACUUCCAUUUGCAGCUUCCCAGUGCUGCAACUAUUUCGGAUGGGCUGACCCACUGACUCUGGAUGAUCAAGACAGCGCCGUGGAUGACCGUGAUAGCGACUAUCGCAGUGAAACGAGUAACAGUCUGCCCCCACGCUACCACACAACAGCUCAGCCCAACUCCUCAAUGCACCAGUAUCCAAUGGGGCUUCGACCGCAGCACCACCAUGAUUCCUGCACAGACUCUGUUCACAGUUUUGAUCUGGACAACAGGGAUCAGAGAGGAAGCAGAUCAUUAAAUCAGAAAGGACGAGUUAGAAUUAUACCGGUAGAUUCUGGCAUGGGUUUUGAUGAUUGGGAAAACAAAUACAAGGGGCAGGGCAAGCCUCAGCUUAGUGACUUCUUAGACGAUGAGGAAAACAAUGUCAUACUUCGAAUGGGAAGAGCAUAUCCUGAGCCGUCACACAGCUCUGUCCAUCAAAAUACUCAACACAACAGUUCCCUGCAUGCUGUCUACCCUGAGGGCUAUGAUACAAUUGAUCGCCGGAGAAAAAAAAAGAUUAGAGAUCCAGGAGGGUUCACUAGUACAGACAUGAGAGAAUUGGCAUUCCCCGCUUGUGAAAAAAGAGGGGAGCUCUUUAGGCAACAGCUAGCUGAGAUGCAGGAAGAGGAGGAACGAAUGACACCUUGCCUUCGGCCAUACAAAAAUGGGUUGCUUUACAAAACAAGGAUGUGGGCAAAAAAUGACCUGGACAACACUCUGGAACAUUAUGUGGCAUACAAAAAAGAGCAAGAUGCUAGAAUGAGGUCACGAUUUGAUUUUGAUUUGGAGAACACUGAGGAUCUCCACUGCUCCAUGGGAUCAGAAGAGGAUAUUGAAGAUAUACCCUUUAUAGCUGAUGACUUUCACUCAGAAGAUGCAAGAUAUUGCAAAGAUAGGUAUCCGUUAUCUUACGAGAGCCACUUGGAGAAUUCUCAGGCUUACUGGGAAAGGAAAUCUGGGAAAGCUAAAGCUGGUGGAUGGGCUUCAGAGGCAAUGCUUUCUCCUGUAGAGGAACCAAUUGAAGAGUAUGUAGACGCUAUGGAUGAGCUUCAGUGUCUUGUUGAAACAGUUUCAGAAUACCUGGCUGAAAAAGAAGAGGAAAUAAGCAAGUACGGUUCCCUUCCCAAAUCAAACAAAUCUAGGCUGUCAUCUCUGGGUAGCAAUAGAACAGAUUCCUUCGGAGAUGACCAACAUAGUUCAAAGGAUCCAAGAGGAGAACAGACACAAUCACAGAAUGCUGACCAGGAGGUUUCAGGGGUAAAAAAUGCUAUGAGCUCAUUAUUUAGUUCCUUUACUGAUAGAGUUGGAGGAGGCAAGAAACAGCCUGCCCCAUCUCCACAAGCCCCGCCUGCACAACCUUUACAAUCUGGACUAACAAAACUGUUCUCAUUUAUUCCUAAAUCAACAAGCACAGCUCCUGUAGCAGUUGUAUCUCCAGUAGAAACCUCACCUGAAAAAUCAUUGUCUUCCUUGCCUCCUCAUCGCCAGCGUGAUGCCAAGACACAGGGACUUAAUCAAGAAACACAAGCUCCCAGAAGGACACAGACUCAAAUAAGUGCCAAAGAACAUAUACAGGAGUUUUCAGCCAAACCCCAGACUGCUCCAGGAAACUCGGUAUUGGGAAAACUGAAUCCUUUAAAGCUCUUUUCAGGAGAAAAUACAAAUGUAGAGUCAGCAGAAUGUAAACAGCCACCAGAGACCACAAAUUCUCAAUGGGAUAGGAAAUGUGGUCAUCAAGAGAAACAGAUGAUGACUGAAAUAGAGACAAAAUUUGAAAAAUCAAGGUCAUCUCAAGACCCACACUUUGGACAAAACCAAAAUAAAAAUGUACACAGGACACAAAAUACCAUGACUUACAAACAAAAUGUGCCUGAUUCAGAGUCAACAAUGGUUACGGGACAGAAACAAUCAGAAAGCACUGGUUUAUUUAGCCCUUUUAAGAAGUCACUAAGUUCAUUGAUCCCGUCUGCUGCCCCUGUACCCCCUCAAGGAGCUCCACCUGUGGCAGUUUACCCUGUGUUUAGAGACUCAGAGCAUACUGGACCAGAGAAACCUGUUGAGGACCCAUCUGUAAAUAGUAAAAUUAAACUGCCUUUCCUCUCCUCUGAAAAUGUCUCAACUCAGCAACGCCCUAAACCAGAGGGAGGCGUGCUGUCUGGUUUUUUAAAGUUUGCAUCCAGUGAAGAUAUCAGUGCCUCUAGGAAUGUACAAAACCCUGUGCAGUCGCAUCAUGAGUCAACUUCUGCUACCUUUACACAAAGCUCCUCUACCAUUCCUUCAAAUCAACCUCAGCAAAACACUGAGAAAGGAUGGUUUUCAAGCAUAUUUAAUCCUACUCCUGACCCCCCUGGUGCAAAUCAGAAUAUUAUCAACAGGCAACAACCUCAGAUCAGUCAAGUGCCAUCUGAGUCACACCCACAGCAUACAGCAAAUCAGAAGCCAGUACCUAUUCCUCAAGGGUUGCAGCAUAAAACGAAUCAGCCUGAAGCACAAGGGUUCUUAACCGGCCUUUUAAAAGGGAGCUCUAGUGAAGACAUGACUUCUAAUCAACCCAAGCAAGGAGGGUUACUAUCUGGACUACUUAAAUUUGGCUCUACCAGUGAUCUACCACAGCAGCCUCCCCAUAUUAAUCAGCCACAUGGGAACAAUACCCAACCACAGUUACCUCAUCAGCUUCCUCCACAACAAAAUACUCAACCUCCUCAGACAGGGGGGAUCCUUACAGGUCUAUUGAAGUUUUCAUCAACAGAAAAUAUACCCCAUAAUGUACAGCCUUUUGAAGCUGAAAAGCAUAGUAAUUCUAGUCAGCAGCACACUUCGGAUGGAUCCCAGCCAAAGGAAACUCCGCAAAGAGGGCUGUUGUCUGGUUUUCUUAAAUUUGCAUCCUCCGAGAAUGUUUCAAGUGGGCAAACUGUUCAUCAUCAACAACAACAAAGCAGCAUACCAAAUAAUCCACCAAAUUAUAAUAGACAGAAUAUACAAGGGCCAAACCAAGGGCCUCAUCUCAGGACUAGAACAUCAGUUCACCAAGUUGACCACCAGGAAACAAAUAAACCAGGCUUUACUCGACAACAGACAGUUCCUCUCCAGCAAACACCAUCCCAGCGUAGUGGUCUUUUCUCUGGUCUUUUUAAAUUUGCUUCAGCUGACAAUAUUAACACACAACAACCCACAUCUCAGCAAUUUGAAAUGACCUCAAGUAAAUCCAGCCAUGAACAACCAGGGGCAAGAAAUAUUCCACUUUCAACCCAAGAUCCACAGCAGCAUGCUUCCCCACAAAACAAAACUCAAGCAAGUGGUUUGCUUUCUGGACUAUUCAAAACAUCCACAGGAAAUAUGCCUCAGCAACAGCACCACGAAGUAACCCACGAGACCCAAGAAAAACCUAAAUCAAUGCCCAACCAGACUGCUCAAACAAAACCGGAGGCAGCAGGUCAAUCUGGAGUGCUCUCAGGCUUGUUUAACAAAUUAACUAAGUCAUCUGAAAGCAUUGACACAACCUGCCAGACAUCAACAGAGCAAUCAUUACAUCAGAAAGCCCCCAGUUAUGGGCUUCAAAGAGAGACACCACUGCAAACACAGCAACAUACUAGAGUAAUCCAGGAAAGUGAUGAGAAAGAGAAGAGGACUUCAAGACCAGCCCAGCAAGGAUUUCUGUCUGGACUAUUUAGCAAAAAGGAAACUGAGGAACCUUGCAUUCAAAGGCAUUUUACAGAACAAACUCCACCCUCAUCUAAGCACACAGAGUUGCAUUCAGGUGUAUUAAGAAAUGCUACCUUAAAUUCUGGAAGUGAUAGCAGCCACAACUGUCAAAGAGUUAUUUCAGAUACACAUAGUCCAGGUCAAAGUAGGCAUGCUUUCAUUAGGGCUCCUGUGUCAAUUGAUACUGAGAGUUUAGACCUUAGAACAUCUGCUACAUUUGCAAGAACUCUUCAAAGUCAGGCAGCAUAUUCCUCAGUUAGUGUAGGAAAUUUAUCUCAGUUGUAUUACUCUGGCUCAUUUCAGGCAAUCCAACCAAUGGCUUACAGUACAGGAAAUAUUCAGUCCCUUUUACAAAGCCAUUCCUGUUCUCCAAAAUCAACCAUGCAUCCUUAUAUUGGCCUUAGCACACAGUCUCUUUAUGGAGCUACAGAGCACACUCCUUAUCAAGAUCAAUUGUCUCCUUUCAGGGCUAGUCAUUCUUAUGAUGAAAACCAAUGGAUUCAUCAAAGUUCUAUAUGGCAGCAUUUUCAGAACGAGUCACUAAAUUAUCAAUUUAAUGUAGAAGAACAAAUGUAUACACAGAGUUCAGAGGGUGUGUCAUUACAAACCUCACCUCUUCACUGCAGUUCAUCAAAUAUCAGCCAACAGUUUAACUCUUCUAGACCAUGGGAAGGUGUUAGUCAACAAGAGCAAGUUGGAUCAUAUGACAUGGAAGGAAAUAGAAAUGACACAUAUCCAAAGAGAAGAUUAUGGAACAGUUAUGAAGACUUGGGAACUGUGGCAUACUCAUCUAAUGAAGAGGGUGCAUUGAACCUAACUACUAAACAAAGUAAUGCAAAGUUUGGAAAUUAUGGCAGUUCUUACAGCUUGAAUGGGGUAACAUAUCAUGAAGGCUACUAUGAGGAGAAUGCCCCAAGCUUAUCAUACUCCGCUAACUGGCAGUACGGAAUGGACAACAGAGUCCCACAAAAUGUUAACUCUGAUGGUAUGGUCCAUCAGACUCAGAUUAAUUUGAAUAGACAUGCGGACCCAAACUAUCCCAAGAGUGUCUAUAAUGAGAUGGAAGACUCCCUAUAUCUAGAAGACACUGAAUGGUAUCAACAGUGGCUUUCUUUACUUGAGCAAGGAAUGUGGUGGCCAGCAGAUGAUGGUGACUGUGGCUACUUUGUUUAUACAGAUCAUGAAUACAUUUAUGCCUUGCUUACAGAUGCAGCAGGUGAAUAUGUAUAUGCAUGUGGCCCAGAAGGAGAGUCUGGUGGAAAUGCACAUAAGUUAGAUCAUAUACCCAGUGCUUAUUUGCACAAUGAAAUGGUUUUAGUAUGUGGUUUUAAAAUUCCACUUUACAAUGAGGAUGAGCUUCUUUGGCUUCCUGGUAAAGAUGACAGUGAUUCUCAACUUCUCAAUGCUCCUCUAGAUCUGUCUGCUGCCUACAGAAAAGGAAAUCAGAUCAUGAAUUUGAAUCUUGAGCAGUUCUCUCAAAUGUUUGAAAAUUCAUUUUUCACACAGGGAGAAUCUGAUGUGGAUUUUACAUCCUACAAAUUAAACAAAGUCAGGAUGGAUCCAGGACAGCCCAGUUAUAAUUAUCAAGACCCAUACAAAGAAGUCAUAGAUCUUUCCUGCCAUAACAGAGACAGAAGAGGGCUGCUUUGGAAUAACCAGGAAAUUAAAACAUUUCUUGCUCAAAAAGUUGCUGUUUCUCUGAACUCCACACCAACUGUGAAUUCCAAUCAGCAUUUACUUUACAAUUGUUAUCAGCCUUGCCAACGACGCCGUUCUUCUACAGGGGUAACAGUUAAGCAUGUGGAUAAUGUAUCAGAGGAGGAAUGGAGGCAGAGAGUAGCUCCGGGACAAGAACAACCCAAUCGUCAAGUCAAUAAGAUAUCUUCCUUAAUAUCCUCUUUUGUGAGCAAAACAUCACAGGGGGAACCAAACAAAACAAGCACAUCAUCCUGCAGUCAGAUAUCUAAUGCAAAUAUUUCUGAAAAACAGCCUCAGAACAUUCUUUCAUCAGGUUUCCAAAGUCUGAAGUCAAAGAUCAUCAAAGAUGAAUCUAGUGAUGUUUCUACUAAGACAGAAAGUGCUCAACAACAAAUCCAAAAACCAGCAAUCAAAGGGGGAAGAAUUUUGCCCACAGUACCAACAGAAAUUCAAGUGAGUCACCCCUCAACACAGUCAAGUAUACAGAAACCCAGACUUGCUCGUCAAACCACCAUGGUCCAACAAGCAGCCCCACCAACACAACCAAAAGUCACUGGUCCUUCAGAAUCCAAAGAAUCUUUAAUUAAACCUGGGUUGCCAGGACAGCUUCCAGGUGAUAAGCCGGUGGACAAAUCAACUGAACAACCACAGGCAGGUUUUAUGAGCUUCUUCAAAACUGCUGUAGGAAUAGAGGAGCCCAAGCCAGAGCCCCAGAAAUCUCCUCAAACUCUAAAUCAGCAGAGCAAAACAAACAGCAGUGCUUCUUUAACUGAAAAUGCUACAGCAAACAAAGAAAAUGCAGGAGUAUCAAAUCUCUUUGGAUCAAUUAGCAGCCUUUUUAGUUCUGAGCCCUCUCCACCACAAAAGCCACAAAUGAAGCCUAGUGUUACAGAGGGUUCAUUGGCACCUAAACCUAAAGGUAUACAGAGACAACAAACAAUGGACCAGAGUGGCACAUCUCGGAUUGCUCAGAGCCAGGCACCAAAUAAAAGUUUGUCACAAGUAUUACCUCCUAGUUCCUCGGUGGGCCCUGACGCAAGUCGAUCACAAACCAUGACACAUGCAGAUCAGACAAAACAGGAAGCUGGAACUAAACAAUCUGGUGGACUGUUUGGGUUUUCAAUUGGAGAAAUGCUGACAGGAUCAACAGCUACCCAACCUGGAUCUGCACCUCCAGCACCUGCUUCAACUCCAGCUCCACAAGAACCAUCUCUUGGCAAGAGUAUAUUAUCAAUAUUUAGUGGGCCAAAUCCUCCACAGGCUGAGACUAAAACUGGACCACAGCCUCAAUCAGUAGCACCAGGUGCAGCGCCGCAACCACCUCAGCAAGAAUCAAUUGGAAAGAGUUUAUUGUCAAUGUUUGGGGGAUCAGGUCCUCCACAGCCUCCUCCUCAAACCAAACCUAAUAAUGAACAACCACAACAGAGAACUCUUCCUUCAAAAGACCCCCCAAAUACUGGAUUUCUCUCAAUGUUUGGAGGUCCCAACACCCAACAAUCCCAAGCCCAAACAGGAUCCCUACUUGGAGGAAUUUUGCCUGGGACAUCGAGUUCAAAUGAAAGCCCAAUGAAGGGAUUGUUUUCAAUAUUUAGUGAUUCAGGUCCACCACAGCCCCAGCCACAAACAACCUCAUCUCAACAACAAAGAGCUCCUCAAUCAAAACCUCUACUACAAGGGGAACCUCAGACACAGUCUAAACCACAUACACAGCCUCCUGGACAAGAACAGUCAGCUACCUCUGUUCUUGGGGGAUUAUUAGGUGGCUUGUCUAGUGCCACUGAAAGUCCAAGAAAAGGUUUGUUCUCCAUAUUUACUGUUCCUGAUACCCCUCAGACAGCUGGGCCUGGUGCACCUGCAAAUGUGUCUGCUACUCAUGGAACUACAACAUCAAAAGAACCUGUCAAAAGUAUAUUCUCUGUUGUUAAUGAUAUUACAUCACCUCCCCAACAAGGUCCUAAUUCAUCUAAUGCCGCUGUCAUUCCAGCCAAAGAGCAAAGUACUUCCUUACCAGAUUCUUCCCAAUUGCCAUCACUCUCCAUUAGCCAUGGAACUGUGACAACUGGCAUUGAGUCAUCUGGUGAAGUGUCAGUGAGCAAAGCAAGUAUUGACUCAAGUGAAGUGCAUGAUAGCUCAUCCACUGCUGCUACAGUUAGUGCUACAGUCACUGUUAAUGAGGGUACUACAGUUAAAGAGACUGAUAUUUCAAUUACAUCACCAAAUUCAGAAUGCCACACUGUGGUAAAGGAAACGGGAAAAGAAAGUGGACCUCCCAUACCAAAAGAAACACCAUCUGCAGACGUGGGAACACUAAACAGUGCAUCAGGCCCCCAAACAUCCUCUCCACAACCAGGAUUGAUUCCAGAUGGUAUAGGAAAAGGUUUGCUUUCCUUGUUCUCUGGCCCCAGUACUGAUGCUAGUGCUAGUCAGACAGGUUCUUCAGCUACAGGAGCUACAGCUGGAUCCAGUGACUCACCUGCCACAGGUUUUUUCUCUGCGCUCGGAGGUACUUCUCAGUCUUCUCCUCAGCCUGGUUCUUUGUUAGGGAAAAUGUUUGGUGGACCUCCAGCUCAAUCAUCUGCUUCUCAAACAGGAUCAUCACUACUAGGUGGUCUAUUUGGAGGGCCUGCUCCACAAGCUGGCCCCAGUAAGAUUGGGGGAUCAGGUCCUCAAACAGCAGAACCUCAGACAGGGACAUCCUUACUUGGAGGCUUAUUUGGUGGAUCUGCUCCCCAGGUCAGUGGAUCUCAAGUUGGUGGAUCUAUUUUAGGUGGAAUAUUUGGUGGAUCAACACUUUCAUCUACUACACCUAACACUAGUGGGGCAGCUCCCCCAACUUCAGCACCUCAAAAUAAUAGCUCCAUAUUGGGAGGUAUAUUUGGGGUGCCAUCAUCUCAAACAGGCACUGCACAGACUGGUGCAUCUUUGCUGGGUGGCAUUUUACCUGGUGCUUCUGCACCAAAUGAGAUGCCUGGUAAAGGGUUUCUUUCUGUCUUUGGAGGAACUGCUCCACCUGCAACACCCACUACAACAGCAACUCCCAGUGACGGAAAUAAAACUGCCUCUACAUCUCUUUCUGAAACUUGUGGUGCCAUUGUUACAACAAAACCUACUGAUGACAACAAAACUCCUUCUGAUGCCACUGUUUUAGCAAAAUCGACUGAUGACAAUAAAACAUCUGCAGCUCCAGCUAUCCCUGAACCUUUAAGUGAUACGUCUACCAAAAGUAUGCCGCAUCAACCUGACAGUGAAGGUCAGUGUCAUGAGUCAGGCCUGGCCAGAACUGAUGACAAAGAUGUUCACCACCAAGAUGCUGACAAACCCACUGUGUCAGCAACUGAUAUUGUGUCUAAAGAAUCUGAAGUGAGUGCAAUAGCGGAAGAACCUGCAAGACCAGGGAUUGUGUCUGGUCAGUCUAGUCAAGAUAAAAUGCCACCCACAACUGAAGAGGAUACUAAGCCAGUGGGCCCUGAAGUCCAUGGACAACAAAAGCCACUAGAGCCAGAAAAAUCUGUCAUUGAUUCUUCAGCAGAAAAAGUUACAGGCUUUGUGUCCUCCCUUUUCAAACAAACACUAGCCCCUACUGAAGGUCAGCAACAACCAAACAGCUCACAUGGUGUACCAGAAGGAGCAACACCACAAACUGCUCCUAGUCAAACUGCAUCAUCACUUUUAGGAGGUAUAUUUGGGGGCUCUGGCACCCAGACUUCAGCUCCCCAGACUGCUGGAUCAUUGUUAGGAGGCUUAUUCAAAGGGUCUGUCCCCCAAUCUGGUUCUCAAACCAAUACCUCUACCAUUGGAGGUUCAGUAUUAGGUGGGAUGUUUGGAGGAGGAUCCCCUGCUAAACCUGGAGGUCCACAGACCGGUGGUUCAUUAAUAGGAGGUCUCUUUGGAGGAUCUGCAGCAAACACAACAGCACAGACUGGUGGAUCUUUACUUGGAGGAAUGUUUGGAGGAGCUACUGCUCAGACAGCAGGAGCACAGCCUGGUGCCUCAAUACUUGGGGGCAUAGGCGGAUCUUUAUUUGGAGGUAUUGGACAGCCAACUAAGCCCUCUGACAAAGUGCCAGGUGAGCCCAAGCCAACAUCUGCCUCUUUGCCACAGCCCCAGGUUAAGAAUGAAGGCGUGCUACCAAAGGGAGUUCCACCUGGUGCUGAGACUACAGCAAAUAAAACAGGUCCAAGCAUAUCCGAUAACAUUCAAGCAACAUCUGACAGUCUUACAGGUGGUAGUGCACUGGCAUCUGAAGAAGCUCUUUUGGAAACUUCUGCUGUCACAGGUGCUGUUAAAAGCUUUGCAAGUGAUCUCACUCAUCAGGUAGAUGACACUGAUAAAGCGAAACCGACUCUAGAGGGAGAGGUCAUACAUGAGAAGCCCAUUGUCAUUACAGGAGACCCUGAGAGUAAAGAAUGUGACAAAUCUGUCCCAUCCAAAGCAGAUGCGCCCGCUCCUACUGUCGACCAUUUGCAAAACAAUUCAGCGGAACCUCCAACUAAGUCUCUGUUGGGUUUCAUAUCAACACAGAGUGAGGCUGGAAAAUCUCUUGGAUCUUUAUUUUCACCAACAUUGUCAUCAGGUACACCAUCAACACCUCAGACAGAAGAAGGCAGUGGUCUGUUUUCCGGAUUGAAGACCCUUUCUAGUGGUCUAUUUCAAGAUGAAAAAAAUGGUUCUGGAAAGCAAGAGCCAGUUGCUGCUACGUUAUUGGGAGCCAAGAUAAGUUUUCCCUGGCAGACAGAAUCACCCAAGCCACAAGCAGAUCCAGUAAUAACUUCUCAACCUAAAACUAAUGACAAGCCAUCACAUACUGUAGAAAAGAUACAAACAUCUGAUGGCCAAAAAGCUGAACCGGUAGGUUCUACAGAUGAUGUAGGAAAGCCCCAUAUUUGCAUCUCCACUCCUGAAGUAGAUCCUACAGCAUCCCUGACCCCAGAUAUAAAGGAAAGUCUUGUAGACGCAUAUCCUGCUGCAGAUCUUCCCUCUGGAGCGCAGCUGGACAACCAGUUCAAGAAGGACCUGUUAAAUGCAAAAAGUCCAGUGGAAAGUAGUCGCUUUGGGUCAUCAGGAAACUUGAGCCAGACCAGCUCCCAGCUUAGUGAAACUGGCCAGGAGAGCACUGGAGGGUCAGAACUAGAGGAGUCCUUCCACUCCUACCACAGUACAGGCUUUCAUCCCUCCACCAAUGGGCUGUCACGCACAAAUGGACAUCUCUCCACCAAUGGACACUCCAUGGUCAGUGAGCAGGAGUUACGCAGGCUCUCCUCUGAAGAAAGACAGAACUUGAAGAGUAACAUUUCAUCAGAGAGUGGGUCCUCUAAACUCAUACGGUUCCACGAUGAAGGGCCGCCAUUACCUUUCUCCACACCCAGAAUCCGCUGGUUGAAGGCUAUCAAUAAAGUCAGGGUCCAACUCCGGGAGGCUCGAGAUGAAGAACCCAACACCAGGCAGGCCUGGGUCAAACCAGGUGGCGGAUCUGGCCUUUAUGGAAUUGACAGCAUGCCAGACCUGCGUAAAAAGAAGCCAAUUCCACUGGUCAGCGACGUGGCUAUGUCUCUCGUCCAGGCCAGGAAGGCAGGGAUUGCAUCUGCCAUGGCUGCACGGUCCUCAAUCAAAGAUGAGGAGCUGAAAAACCACGUGUACAAGAAGACCCUACAAGCACUCAUCUAUCCCAUAUCCUGUACCACUCCACAUAACUUCGAGGUGUGGACUGCCACUACACCCACAUACUGCUAUGAGUGUGAGGGGCUGCUGUGGGGCAUUGCACGCCAAGGCAUGCGGUGCUCAGAGUGCGGGGUCAAGUGCCAUGAGAAGUGCCAAGAGCUGCUGAAUGCCGACUGUCUGCAGCGAGCUGCGGAGAAGAGUUCAAAGCAUGGACCUGGAGAUCGGACGAACAACAUCAUCAUGGCCAUGAAGGACAGGAUGAAAAUCAGGGAGAGGAACAAGCCAGAAAUCUUUGAACUCAUCAGGGAAGUGUUUGUGAUCAGCAAAGCCAUCCAUGCCCAGCAGAUGAAGACCAUAAAACAAAGUGUACUUGAUGGCACCUCAAAGUGGUCGGCCAAGAUCACAAUCACAGUUGUUUGUGCCCAAGGACUUCAAGCAAAGGACAAAACAGGAUCCAGUGAUCCAUACGUCACUGUCCAGGUGGGGAAGACCAAGAAGAGAACAAAGACCAUUUAUGGAAACCUCAAUCCGGUCUGGGAGGAGAAGUUCCACUUUGAGUGCCAUAAUUCCUCUGACCGAAUCAAAGUCCGUGUGUGGGAUGAGGAUGAUGACAUUAAGUCCAGAGUGAAGCAGCGUCUGAAGAGAGAAUCUGACGAUUUCCUCGGCCAAAGUAUUAUUGAAGUUCGCACACUGAGCGGAGAAAUGGACGUCUGGUACAACCUGGAGAAGAGAACUGAUAAGUCGGCUGUGUCAGGUGCCAUUCGACUUCAGAUCAACGUAGAGAUCAAGGGGGAGGAGAAAGUGGCAGCAUAUCAUGUGCAGUACACCUGUUUACAUGAGAAUCUGUUUCACCAUUCGACUGACAUGCUCGGCCAAGGUGUGGUUAAGAUCCCAGAGGCUCGUGGUGACGAUGCCUGGAAAGUCUACUUUGAUGACGUGGCGCAGGAAAUAGUGGACGAGUUUGCUAUGCGUUAUGGAAUCGAAUCAAUUUACCAAGCCAUGACGCAUUUCGCCUGUCUCUCAUCCAAGUACAUGUGCCCUGGGGUUCCUGCUGUGAUGAGCACCCUACUGGCCAACAUCAAUGCAUUCUAUGCCCACACAACCGCCUCCACCAAUGUCUCUGCCUCCGACCGCUUUGCUGCCUCAAAUUUUGGGAAAGAACGUUUUGUCAAGCUCCUAGACCAGUUGCACAACUCCUUGCGCAUUGAUCUCUCUACAUAUAGGAAUCACUUUCCUGCCAGCAGCAAGGAGCGGCUGCAGGAUUUGAAAUCUACUGUUGAUCUUCUAACCAGCAUCACCUUCUUCAGGAUGAAGGUCCAGGAGUUACAGUCUCCGCCCAGAGCCAGCCAGGUGGUGAGGGACUGCGUCAAGGCCUGUCUCAACUCCACAUAUGAUUACAUAUUCAAUAACUGCCAUGAGCUGUACAGCAGACAGUACCAACCUGUGGAUACAAACAAGGAGGAGCUGCCUUUAGAAGAACAAGGCCCAAGUAUCAAGAAUUUAGACUUCUGGCCCAAACUUAUCAUGUUGAUUGUUUCCAUCAUUGAAGAGGACAGAAACUCCUACACACCCGUGUUGAACCAGUUUCCUCAAGAACUGAAUGUAGGGAAGGUGUCGGCAGAGGUCAUGUGGACGCUGUUUGCUCAAGACAUGAUGUACGCUAUGGAAGCUCCUUCCACAUUCUCCUGUCGAGGGCAGAUAUUUUAUGCUGAACAUGAGAAGCACCGUCUGUGCAAGAGCACCGACUACAUGAACCUGCACUUCAAGGUCAAGUGGCUCUACAAUGAAUAUGUGAAAGAGCUGCCGAACUUUAAGGAUGUUGUUCCUGACUACCCAUCAUGGUUUGUACAGUUUGUGCUACAGUGGCUGGAUGAAAAUGAGGAUGUGUCUAUGGAGUUUAUGCAUGGAGCCCUCGAAAGAGACAAGAAAGAUGGAUUCCAGCAGACAUCUGAACAUGCUCUGUUCUCCUGCUCUGUGGUGGACAUUUUCACUCAGCUCAACCAGAGCUUUGAGAUCAUCAAGAAACUGGAAUGUCCCGACCCCAAAGUCAUGGCACAGUACAGUCGACGAUUCUCAAAGACGAUUGCCAAAGUUCUUCUGCAGUACAGUGCCAUUCUGACUAAGAGUUUCCCCACUUAUAUUGACAAAGAGAAGAUUCCCUGCGUCCUGAUGAAUAAUGUACAGCAGUUAAGAAUCCAGCUGGAGAAAAUGUUUGAGUCAAUGGGUGCUCAACAGAUUGCAGUAGAAGAAGCAAGGCAAGAUGAAUUGGUGGAAGAGGAAGAAGAGGAUGAGGCAGGACAGGAGGUCGUAACAGAAGAUAAGGAGGGACAGCCUCUGACUGAUGACAAGGAAAAGAUGGAAGCCCCUGUAGGAAAGGCUGAAAAUACAUGUGAGGACAAAAAGUUGGAGACUGCUGGCAGAAAGAUGGACAGUGAAGCCAGCGACCUCCUGAACGACCUGCAGGUGAAGCUGAACAACGCGCUGGAUGAGCUCAGCAGUACAUUUGGGAAGAGUUUCCAGAGCCGUAUAAGUGACUGUAUGCGACAGAUGGCCUCUCUGCUGUAUCAGAUCAAAGGGCCGCUUAAUGCCAACAACAAAAACCAAGUGGAGGCGGAUUCUGACAAUAUGCUGAGGCCGCUCAUGGACUUCCUCGAUGGAAAACUAACGCUGUUUGCCACAGUCUGUGAGAAGACUGUAUUAAAGCGUGUCCUCAAGGAGCUGUGGAAAAUCGUUAUGACCUGCCUGGAGAAGACUAUUGUCCUGCCACAGGGCAACGAUACCUUUGGAGCUCAGAUCCUUUCUGCUGCAAAAGAACUGGGUCAGCUCUCAAAACUCAAGGAUCACAUGGCAGGGGAGGCUAAAAGUCUGUCUCCCAGGCAGUGUGCCGUCAUGGACGUGGCACUGGAUACAAUUAAGCAAUACUUCCAUGCGGGAGGGAAUGGGCUGAAGAAAGCGUACCUGGAGAAGAGUCCUGAGCUGUCAUCACUACGCCACGCCCUGUCGCUGUACACUCAGACGACAGACACGCUCAUCAAGACCUUUGUCACGACCCAGCACUCACAAGUGCACAAUGGAAAGGGUAUUAGGUUAACUCCCAAUGAAAAAAUACAGCCCAGCAGGGGCUCAGGUGUGGACAAACCAAUAGGAGAGGUGUCGGUCCAGCUCGAGCUCUACACCCAUCCCAAGAGCAGCGAGCGCAAAGUUACCGCCAAAGUUAUCGGAGCCAAUGACUUGAAGUGGCAGACGUCCGGCAUGUUCCGGCCCUUCGUCGAAAUCUCGAUGAUCGGACCUCACCUCAGCGACAAGAAACGCAAAUUUCAGACCAAAUCCAAGAACAACAGCUGGUCGCCCAAAUUCAACGAAAGCUUUCACUUUGUUCUUGGAAACCAGGAUGGCUUCGACUGCUAUGAGCUGCAAGUGUGUGUUAAAGACUACUGCUUCGGCCGAGCCGACCGCGUGGUGGGUUUAGCCGUGAUCCAGUUACGAGACGUCAUGGAGAAGGGCAACUGCGCCUGCUGGUGCCCGCUGGGUCAACGCAUCCACAUGGACGACACUGGCCUCACCGCCAUGCGAAUCCUCUCCCAGCGCUCCAAUGACGACGUGGCCAAGGAGUUCGUGAGGCUGAAGUCGGAGACGCGAUCGGCCGAGGAGGGGAGAUGAGGAGGGCCGUCGUAUCCCCCCUCGACCUCGAACGCCUCGUUGACUCUUUCCUAGACCUUCGAUGUGUCUUAGCUGCUGUUGACUGUUUGGUGGCCACAUGAACUGACUCACUGUCACAUUUUGACCACCGCUCACUUUCCAUUUUACUCAGAUACUCUGAUUACCACAUUACUGUAAAGCAACCCCCACUAUACCCCUACUCAGUUUUAUUACUUUUUUUUUUUUAACCCCUGUCCUCAUCAGUGCACCGUCCAUAACCCCAAGGGAACAGAGGACACCAGGCUCCACCAGAGGGCCAAACAGUUCUCACAUCUUCCCCAUGUUGUUGUGCAAUAACCCCUUCAAACUGUGGCCAUGUGUCGAAUGCCUUACACUCUGCAAACUGUGACCGCGUCAAGUCAGAAAUGUGAAAAUACAGUGCGGUUUAAUUCACAAAAUGUGUUCCAUGACUGAAUAAAUGGUAGCUAGUCGGCGGUCCUAGCUAAGUCUGUCACUUUGCAGAGUUUAUACCGUGCAGCAUUUUACAUUUUGCCCUGUCAUUUAGAGGAUGAAUCUGUGCCUUGUUUCUGACCAUCACAGUGAAAUUGAUUGUUCCUCUUCUCCCCAGGUAACAGUAUACAACGUUAAAGUCAACAAUACAAGUUACAUUAACAUCAAAUAGGACAGGCCUGUUAUGUGAUUUAAGUAUAAAGUCAUCGUCCGGCUCAUGUGGCCUAUGCUAAUAUUUUAUCCAUUUUAUUUAUUUUUUAUACAUAUUUAUUUUAUCUGUGCGUUUCAAAGGCCAUGAUUGAAAACAUUGUUUACUGCUGGAAACAUAGGUGUAAGCCAGGACAGUAUGUUUGAGAAUUUGCACAGGUGAGUUGCUGCUGCAGUUUUCCGUUCAUUCAUGAAUGGAUAGAGACCUGAUAUUUACACGUAUGGAAUUAGUGACAUAUUUAGAGAGUCGUCCUUAACUUUCUUACUGUUAAUUUAUAGUAAGGAACGACUGUUUUUUCUCCAGAAGCAAACAUUUUGACAUUUACGUCAUACGUAAGAAGUAAUUAUUUGCGGUUUACAUAUAUUUCCUGCUGUUUUUCUUCUAUUUUUCCUGUGAGUGGCCUUAUUUUAGUGAAAAUAUCAAACUUUUUAUUUUCUUUCGAUCCUACACAGUAGGGAUUGGCCAUUUAUUUUUUCCCCAAAUCUGAAGUGACAUUCUUCAUGAUCAUAUUUAGGCUUGUAUUUUGAGUCCCAUUUCUUCCGAUGUUACAUAAAUGUUCCUCUUAGUCUUGUGUUUUAAAAUAUCUUUCUGUUCUUCUGGGCAGGGGAAAUAAUAUAUACAGUGAGAAGUGUGCCAGUGAAUGUGAUGAAAUAUUAAAAUGUUACUUUUCAUGACAGCGUAACAUCGCUUUUAUAUGUGCACAUUUUUUAACAGAUCACAUUAUGUAUAAAACACAAACCCAGACUCUUCUUUGUUACAUUACUUUAACCUUUGUGAAUAAUGAUGUCACUGUUUUCUGAGGGCGAAUGUGUCGUGUCAUUCUGUAACACCUCUCUUCCUUGUGCCAAGUGUUCAUUUUUGAUCUUUAUUUUUGUGUUUUGUUUUUUUUAAAGCAUGUUUUCUAAAUUUGUUAACCCUUGCACUCUCACCAAAUCACUGCAAUAGUUAACCAGUACAGUUUAUCGGUCACAGUUGAUUGCAUUUCUGUGGUGUUUUCUUUGUAUUGUCACUACUCUGAUAGGUUGUUGUCACCAUGUAAACAUUCCAAUUAAUGAAUUUUGUAUAAAGUAUUUGCGAAGUAACUAUAAA